AUGACCGCUCUUCUCGACUGGACCAAACUAGCGGGCAAGACGUGGUACGCCCUCAAUAGCCAAGUCGAGAAAGAGAGUGAGCUUAACCUCGACGAAAUCGACUAUCUGGAUUACCGGAUAGAGCAGUGGUAUCAACUUCUGGCUGACGACCUGAAGCUUGCACCCAUCCAGCCGGGACAAGAGGUUCGACAUGUUCAGGCCGUGCUGUUUCUCCGCAAGAGCCAUCUGCACAACCUGAUCUGUCGCCCGGUACUCCAGUCUGGUACGCGAAUCACGCAGUAUCAGAGACAUGCUGACAAGGCCGUCAACAUUGCCAGAGAGUCGCUGCGGAUGCUCUCAGGCCUCAAUGAACACACCGCCAUCAUAAAGCGUAAUCCGCUUUUCUUCAAGCACCUCUUACUAACUGCUUUUGGCAACCUGUUGCUGGCGGUUGUGAAUGCCAGCUCCAUGUUCUGCGACAAAGUCACUGUCGAGUUUGACAUCGCGCUUGAUAUGAUCAGAGCCCUAAGCAAUAGGUCGACGUUGCUGUUGACUCUUUGGGAGCGUCUUCAAGGCCUACGGAAACUCACGGCACGGCUGUCUGCCUCCUCGGCCACCGCAUCGAGUGGCAGCGGGGAAGGUGAACAGAGAGAUAGUGUCGAAAGUCCUUCUGAUGCUCUAUUGUUUGGAAAUAUGGGAGAUAUGAUGGUUUUCGAUCAGCUGAACGGGUUCUUUGAUCUUACGCCCAUGUCCACCAAUUGUUCAAUGGGCAAUUGGACCUUUCCGAUUGGCGAUUGA